GACCUCGGGUCGCUGCUUCAGCCGGCGCUGGCCGAGGCCAGCGACUACGCCGAGCAGGUCUUGGAGAUACCUCCGGAGACUCUCUUUGCGGCCGUGUCGGAGGUGCAGGCCAACGGGUCCAACUGGUCGGAAAUGGUGCUGGAAGUCGUGAGUACGAUCACCAACUGGCACGGCGAGCAGGACGAAGCGACGGCAGUGCUAACUGUCCUCAAUGUGGAGGAGCCGCUGCCCCAAAUCGUCCCUGUCAUGCUCUCAGAGCUUGAGUUCCUGCCAUCCGAAGAGGCAGAGAUGGCGGUGCAGGUCUACCCCACCGAAACUGCGGCCUAUUGUGUGGACAGCAUCCGGCGAAGUGGUCGGGUGGACACCAUCGUGCGCGAGGAGGGCAACGAGACAUGGAUAGAGACACUACCACCUGAGCCCGUGGCACCCGCGGAUCCUGGGGUGAUCCGUAUCCGCUGGGAGUACCGACGACUGGACGAUGGCGCUUGCGUCUGGGUCAGCCGCGCUGGAAACGAGACCAAUGAAACUGAGAACGCCUCCAAUGCUACUAACUGGUCUGAGUGGAACUCUACGGGCAACUUCUCCUGUGCCAUGAUGUUUUGGCAGCUGCGCUGUCCCGUAGUAUGCCGUUUUCCUUUUCUC